CCCACCGCGGCCCACCCUCCUAGAAGUGUCGGCCAGAAUUGUAGGUGCCACCCCCGAAAGUAAUGCUUCACAGCGGUUCCGGGGGGUAGGUUACCCUGGCACCCAUAGGUGAAAUCGAGGUAGGGUUUUUAGUGGGUACACUAGGUAGAUCUAGGAGUCCCGCACUACCGGGCGACUGUCUCUCGUCGUUAAAAAAAAAAUGGUAAAACUGGAGCUACGUUUAUCGCGUCAGGGUUAAAUCCAAUCAGCUACCAUCAACCAACACUCAAUUAUUCUCUACGUUUACCGCCUACGCAGCAAUUAACGAAUUCGGAAUUUCUUUCAGAAAUGAUUCUAUAUAAAUGCGCCGCGCCACGUCACGACGGUGGCGCCUCGGCUCAAGACGAGCAGCCAGCGGUCGCAUAGAGGGAGCGAGUUCAGUUCAGGCGCAAGGGUCCUCGGUUAAGGACGUGACGGUCCUGCUAAUCGGGACACUAUGCCAGGCGGCGAGGGGUCCCCGAUCAAUCUCCUCGACCACCGUACAUCGACCACUUCCGGCGAGUGCGCGAACAGUGACGAGGAUGAGAGAACGACAGCCACCGCUUCCAGCACGAUGACAACCGUCUCCGGGGGCGACGGUCUCAGACGGAGGAAGGUCAUACACGCGGCCAAAGAAACCCUCGACAAAGCUUCCCGUCUCCUCAGACGGAAGAUACCAUGCACCGGCCACUUGAUGACCCCCCGCCGCCUAUGGAUACAAAAGGUUCCAACUCAGGAAUGCGACGUGGUGAUGAUGUUUCCAAGCGGAGCCAGCGACGAGACUCUGAUGUGGCUUCUGGGUCGUCUUCGGGCUGGGACACCGGGCCUAGUUGUGCACGUGCGACACCACGCCUCGUCAGAUAGCUACAGCUUCUACUUGACAGCCCCUUUUAGCGUAUUGUUGAAAGCAGCCGAGGAGGUACAUUUACCGAAGACACUGCGACAGGAGUUCGGAGGAGGUCUGAAGGAGUUCGUUGGUACAGAAUCGGGUUGCUUCGAAGGUAGCGACGACGAAGCACGAUUCUUCACUACUCAGGAAAGGCAAUCGUUGGUCCUGCACCUGCUGCAUACUCUCAGAGCUGGACCUCAGGAUCUUCACAGUCUGUCAGGUCUGAAGAUGGUCGAAGGACAGGCAAUUAUUCCAAAGUGCAUUUCCGCCGGGAUCAUAUCCCAGGUCUUCCCUCUUCACGAAUUGCCUGCGUUAGAGAAGUUACAAAGGACUUGGGUCCGCGCGUUCCUCAGCCCUCAACCCCUGGACGACAUUUGUAAAUACUUCGGUGUAAAGAUUACCAUGUAUUUCGCCUGGCUCGGACAUUACACCACCGCUUUAAUCGUUCCAGCAGCAGUGGGUGCCAUAUAUUGGGUCGGCAUCAUCGGCAGGAAUCAAGCGGUGGAAGACGUAGCGUACGUUCUAUUCUCCGUCUUCAACGUAAUCUGGGCCACGGUUUAUCUGGAGACCUGGAAGAGAAGAGGCGCCGAAUUGGCCUACAGGUGGGGCACCUUGGAUCAAAGAGACGACCUACUUGUCGAGCCUAGACCUUUGUUCACGGGUACGUUGGAGAUCUCGCACGUGACAGGGAGACUGGAGCCAACUUAUCCAAGGUGGAAGAGAAACAUGUUUCGGUAUUUCGUCAGCGUUCCCGUCAUCGCUGCCUGCUUAUUCUUCGUUUUCAUCGUGAUGAUUCUCAGCUUUCAAAUACAGGAUUGGUGGGAUGCUCGUCUAGAGUCGAGGGGAUACGGUUUCUGGCUGAGCUACGUACCAAAAGUUUUACUCGCCGUGGUGAUUGCAUUAAUGGACGAAGCUUACUUCAAAGUCGCCGUAUGGUUAAACGACAUGGAAAACUAUCGGCUAGACACCGAGUACGAGAAUCAUCUGAUCUACAAGGUGGCACUGUUUCAGUUUGUAAACUCCUUCCUAUCGCUAUUUUACAUCGCCUUCUACCUACAAGAUCAAGAGAGGCUGAAAGAGCAAUUAGCCGCUCUACUGAUAGCCCGUCAGGUGAUCGGUAAUCUGAAAGAAUCCGCGGUACCAUAUCUGAUCGAGCAGCUGAGGUUGGCACGUUUGAGCUUCGAGCUUUUCGGCGCGUUGAGCCCCAGCGAGGCGAGGUCACCACCGGGUGAGGAGAACGCUGAUGAAAACCAGAAGGAUGCCGAGGACAAAAGCGAACGAUCCGAGAGCGGGAAGAGCACGCAACCGAGAAACGUCAGCCAGGCUGAGCUGGAAAGUUCCCUCUACAGAGUAGGGCAUCCCACUAAUUCUCUACUUAGUGACGUUACGUUCAAGUACGAUGGGGCGUUUUCGGAACACCUGGAAAUGCUGUCGCAACUCGGUUACGUCUGCCUCUUCUCAUCGGCUUUCCCUUUGGCUGCUAUGGCAGCACUAUUGGGAAAUCUUCUCGAGCUACGAGGCGAUGCCUUCAAGCUUUGCUUCGUGCUACAACGACCCUUCGGUAGAAGGGUUUCCAACAUCGGUACUUGGCAAAACGCCAUGGAAGCAAUGGGUCUCGUCGCUAUCGUAGUAAACUGUGCAUUGAUCGGUCUAAGCGGACAAGUGCAGCGAAUGUUCCCUGAAAUGUCUGCUACCCAAACGAUCCUUCUAAUAGUUGCCCUGGAACACAUUAUGCUCGGAAUAAGGUUUAUUAUAAUAUGCGCGAUUCCUGACAUUCCGCACUGGGUAGCGACGGAAAUGGCCAAAGUUGAAUUCUUGAGAAGGGAGGCCGUUAGAAGGCUCUCCUCCACUCCGUCGCCUGAGCAACAACCGGCCACGGUGAUAGGGAGAUUCGUGGUGAGUCCAGCAGACGGAGAGAGCGAAGAACAACAACUGCUUACCGACCGUACCGGGGAUGCGACCACCUCCAGUCUUCCAGACACACCGACUUUGGCGUCGACCACCCACACGCCGAGCAGCCCUCCGACACCUAGUGCAGCCUCCGUGCCAAGAAUCUCGGAGACACCCUCCGCGGCUCAGACGCCGGGUAGCGCGGGAAGUAGCGACAUCGGGUCGCCGUUCUUGACCGAUAACGGCAUGGGCAGCGUGCGGGAUCUUCACAAUUCUCCUAGGUGUUCCAUUCCUGGCGGAGAACGAGGAAGACGUUCGAGAGAAUGGCUAGCAACCGAGCCAGAAGCAUCGGGUGGAUCCGAUCAUUAUAGCCAUCAUUUAACGAUCGGACCUCACGGUGGUGUGGAUUGGGUUCGAAGAUUGGGUCUCGAGCCUGGUGCUCGAAAAUCGAGCGAUUCCGAAAUCGGUGGGUCUGGGACGGUCAGUGGAAGCGGAGACGAACUGACUCUUCACAGAUCCACCGAUUGUAUCGUCUCCAAAGAGCUUGCUUCUUCGUCGGACAGCGAUCUACUUCGAUCGGCUCCACCGUGGACGGUAGCUCACAGAAAUCAAAAGUUCCGUUUCUCCCCGGAGCGAGAGAGGGAACGAGAGAGGGCAGAGAAAUUGCAGUAUCAACAGCAUCAACGAGAUAUCCAGGAUCACAAACAACAGGCGGCUGAAAAGGAGAAAGAGUCCGGGGCUCUUUCGGAUUCCAGUAAAACGAUUUCUAGCCAAGAAGAAGAGAAACCGACGAAGGAGGAUCGGGAAGCGAAGAAAACCAGGGUGAAACAGAGCUUGAUGAAGAGAGCCAGAUCGGUCGCGAUAUUCUCGUUAAAAUUAAAAGAACGCAGAGCCAGGGAGGCCGAAUUAAAGGCGAAAGAAGCAGAGAAAGAAGCUAGGUGGCAACAGCCUCAAUCGUGCGUCGGUGGCGAGCUCUCUUGCAUUCCCAUAGAAAAGCUUAUAUCCGUGGAUGACAUCGCAGCCAUGGAAUUACGCAGACUUAAUCAUUAGCAGCUUCAAGUUUCACCUUCGUUUUACACGCUACGUAGAAACGUUCGUCCGCGCCAGUGAUACUCUCUAUAAAGAAAAAAAAAAAUUGCGAUGAUCGGUCUCGAAUUUUGCAAAAACCUUCGAAAAUCAUAUCAAUAACGAACGUAAAAGAUAACAGGGGUUACCGUGGAUAUUGGUCAAUUGCUUUUUUUUUUCUUUAUCGAUCAAGGUAACGCACACGAAUUAUUUUUAAAAGAUCUCUUUUCAUCCGUCUCUCUGAUCGAGACAAUUACUAUUAUAUAUCAAGUGAAAUAUCAAAGUUGGACGAAAACUUGCUCAGUUUAUAAUUUUAUAAGACGACUAUGGUACUACGUUCGAUCACGAGUAACAAAACGUUUCGCUUCCUAAACUUCUUGCAAGACUUGUUUCCAAGUUCGGUCCGUUUAUUGACAAAUUUUCGAGCGAGUAUCCAUUCACAGGGAUUUUUGAAUGAAAGUUGGAAGAGACUACGAUCAUGAGGUUUCAUCUGGGAUUGUCAUUUGAGAAUAAAACUGUCAAAAAGAAACAACGGCGCACAAAGUAAAUUGAGUCAUCACAAAUUCUAGACAAUGUUCUAUAGAGUACAGUUUAGAAUAUCAUUCCUAAAGGUGAAAUUUUUCGUAGAUUAGUUGAUACCUCAGAAUUGUAGAGUGUAAGCUCCAGGUUUAAUGCCAACGAUACUGUACGAUCGGUUCUUUUUUACUUUCUUGCGAUGAAUGUGAUUUUUUUCUUUGUUAAAUUUAACUUUUUAACGCUUAAAGAUUCUUUUCGUUAUUCUUUGUUAGUUUUCAUUGUUACGAUAUUUGUACAGUACUUAUGUGACUGCUAUUUAUAGUUGUCUAACGCGAAACGAGAAGGGAAAUGGUCCCGUUGUUGUUACUGACAUAUAAGUUGUUACUUCGCUUAUGGGUUAAAGAAUUUUGCUAAAAGAGAUCUCUAAAAUGAAAUCUUUAACGUACAGAUGCACACGGUUAACAUGCGCCUACAUUAACGAAUUAAUUGAUCGCAGUUUUCGUUCAACGAAGCACCGUACACCGAAAAUACAAUUUCAUUUUGCCGCUCGAUCGGGAUAGGUGAAAUAAAGCAGAAACCGGAACGCUUAGGAAAAAGAAAGUUAGUUCGGUUGAUGAGCGAAAAAAAAAAGAAAAUUUUAGGGACCGUUUUUGUAUAUAGCGAACCGUUUACAAAGCCACGCGAUAGUGAAAUUUCGUUCCAUGGCCUAGCUUAACAUCCCCGUCCGUUGCUGAUUAUAGCGAAGUCGUUCACUGACGCACUUUCUUACGUUCGAAGUUUUUAAAGAAAACCACAGCUAGUAUUAUGAUUAGAAGCGUCAACAUUUUUCGAGCACACCGUUGAAGUUAAAUCAGUAUCGCAUUGUACUUUAGCGUGCCCUUCGGGAACCGCAAGACUAGAAAUAAAAACUGCGAAGUCGAUAGAGAUUUAGCCGCUUCCGUGAGGCGAAGUUUUAAAAAAUGUCAGCGAAAAGCAUCUGUGUUUGUUAGAUGUUUUGUAUAAAACAGGAACUGAGCCAAUAAAAACAUUCUACGAAGGAGUAA